GAUCACUUCCGCGGUUCGGCUGCAGGAGGUGGGUUCACCGGUGUCGUGAGUCCCGUCAGUCCCUCUCUCUCUGUUUGCUCUGCACGUCCAAAAGUCAUGGAUGAUCUAACCGGUGCGCAAACACGCAGGAUUCUCUCGGUAAGUCUGCCAAAUCGGUGCGACGGUGGCAAAACCUCUGCAGCUGUGGAGUGAUUCCAGCCGGGAGGAGAGAGGAAGUCUGACUGGCAGGUUUAACGGCAAGCUGAGCGAAGGGAGAACCUCCACGCUGUCAGAGUCCACUGUGGUUAGCCCCUCUGAUCUGGUGUCAAAAUGGCCUCAAGACAGGGAGACAUUCCAGCACUCGAGUCCGGCACUUCGUCCGCACUCUUCGGUGCCUUGUCGUCUCCCAUCGCAAUGGCCCGACGCAAUAUCAGCUACGAUGAGCACAUGGAUGGCCCCAUGCACUCACCCCCUCCAGACAUGACUGUCAACAUCUUGUGGAAAGACCCCGUCAUCCCGCAGCACAGGUUCAGGAACACUGCAGAGGAAGGUGAGAGCAGUGGGAAGCCGCUGACUUUUGAGGUACCAUCGCCAGCCAAGUCCCCAGUGCCUGUGGUGAAAGCCAAAGCCACCUCUUUAAUGAGUUCACUAAUGAUCAAGCAAACCCAAGAGAACAUCCAGAGGUUUGAACACCAGGCAGGGCUGACAGAUGCUGGAUAUUCUCCCCACAAGGGCCUCUCUGCAGAGGAGAUCCGCUUCCACCGACGAAAUGAUGGCACACUGCCAAAGUUGAGAAUGCCAAGCGGGGACUUCAAGGAGGACAGGCUUACAACAUCUGCACAAUCCACCCCAAGUGGCACCCCCUCUGUCACCCCCUCCGUUACCCCCAGUGUCACCCCCUGUGUUAGUCCCCACACAUCGCCGGCUCUCAGUCGCAGGAACUGGUUCCAGCUGAGUCCUGCACCUUUCCUUGCCGCCCCAGAACUCAACUGCCCCAAUCCCGGCACAGACAUGGGAGGAAAUGAGGGAGGAGGAGGAGAGAGGUGGAGCUUCUUUGGAACUCGAUCUGUGGUACAGAAGUCCCCCACUGAUCCUGGCUCUGAUACCAGCACAGGCUUCUCUCUGCAAUCCUACUUUGGCCUGCAGAAGUCCUCUACCAUGGACGGCACCAGCACCCAGGUGAACCUCAAGGUGGAGGACCCUUCCAACUUCAUGCCUCCCAAGAUUGAAAUCUCAGGCAUCGAAGCCAAGCGGGUACCCCCACGGCCACACAAACUUAAACCUCGGGACAUGAAUGUUUUAACACCCUCGGGCUUCUGACAUCUGACCAGCUGUGUGGUUGCUCCUGUGUGCCACAUCCUCAGUAGUUUCCAACCAUCUGGUUGCUCAUUCGCUUUCCUGCCUUCCUCUCUCCCCUCUGUCUCCUUGCAAAUUCACUGAGGCUGAGAGGAAUGUGGACUACCUACAGUAUUAGCUCACCAGCCCCAGAGACAUCACUGCACUGCUUGUCCUCCCAGUGGACAUAUCUGGAUCAAUUGCUGUCCUCUAUAACUCCACACCAUCACCUUCCUGUGUCUUCCAACUCACUGGUCCAAAUAAAAAGCAAAUGAAGUAAAUUCAUUUGUCACCCCUAAAGGUGGUACUGCUUUGUAUUAUUGUUGUCAUAAUGGGUGCAUUGACUUGCAACGCCUUUCUGUCCUUGUUCCAUUGUCAGUGAUGGCAUGAGAUUGAAGUUGAAAUACCUUGUCAGUCCUUUUCAAAAAUUGAUCACUUCAGCUUUGCCUCUCAAAUUAAAGCUGACUAGUUAUUUCAAUUCUAAAUCCUCAGAUGCCUGCCUCGUUUGUAUUUUCUUUUUUUCUUUCUUUCUUUCUUUUUUCUUUUUUUUUUUAAUAAGCUCACAGGUUUAUAGUUGUGUAGUGCUUUUCUCUGUCAGCAUGCAGAGUAUAGUGUGUAUGACUGAUUUUGUGCCUAAACUUUCAGCGUGCUUGCAUCUUGCAUUUUUGCCAUCUAAGUUUAGCUUUUGUUUUUUUUAUAAUGUGAGAGCAUCUUAUUUUCUUUAUGGUAGAGUAUGACUGCUGACCUGAAGUGAAUUUUUUUUUUUAUUAUUAUUUCAACUCAAGUAUUUUCAUAUUGUCCUGCUUUAAAUCAACAAUGUAUAUUCUAAAUACUGCAUAGUACAGUUUGUUGAGUUUAUCACAUUUUUAUAUAGGGCCAUAGUGAUGGUUCAAGAAGCUAUAAGAAUACAAAGCAUUGAAGUGGUCAUUUUCAAGUUUGGAUUUGUCUGUGUCUAAGAAUCCCUGCUGUUUUCUUUUAAAGUUGAUGAAUUCCAAGAAGUAAUUGCACAAGGGAGAUGGUCUCCCACUUACAUCUGUAAAUAAAUAUGAUCAUAACAAGCAAAA